AUGGCCACUGCCCCGAUCAAGAAGGCAUGUGAUGCAUGUCAUCGCCGCAAGGUACGAUGCUCCGGAGGUCAGCCGUGCCGCACAUGCGGCCAAACCAAUCUGGAAUGCACCUAUCUUGCCGUGCCUCAAAAGAAAGGCCCAAAGGGAAAUCGGUCCAAAGUGCUGUCGCAAAUCCGCAAUUCUCAGACAAAGAAGCGGCAGCAACUUGCUCAAACGUCUCCUUCUGAUACCACUCCUCAGCUGUCGCCAUGUCGCACCCUGAAGCCUUCAUUGGACCUCGGUCACCCAUCAACAUCAAUGCUGUCUACGCAUUUGUCCACUACGGUUCUCCUCAGCGAGGAGACCAUGGUGGAUUGCGUCGAUUUCUAUUUCUCCAACAUGUCUACGACUACUUCGAUCCUCAAUCGUCGUCUGCUAAUAGAGAAGAUGGGACCCCAGAUCGCGAGCGAUGCAGAAUUUUACUGUCUCGUAGGCUCCUUGUGUGCCUUUGUCAUGGUCCAGCCUGGCAAGAAUUUGGCUGUUGCGCCAGGGAGCUAUUACGAAGGUGAGCCUCUCGGGAAUCCUUACGACUAUGCCAACCAGCUUCUCAAUGACGUCCUUCGCGUGCGAAAGUCCAUCGACUACAUUGAGUUUCCUACUUUGACUGCCGUCCAGACCUCAUUCUUCCUAUUCAGCUGCUAUUUCACCUUGGAGAAACAGAAUAUGUGCUGGUUUCAUUUGCGUGAAGCUGUUACCUUGGCUCAGCUGCUGGGCAUGCAUGAAGAGUCAUCGUAUCUUGUCGGUGAUGCUGUUGAGAACAUGUAUAAACGACGAAUGUAUUGGUUGCUCCUGGUUACUGAGAGAGCAUAUGCGAUGGAACGACACCGCCCACUUAGUCUCCACCCGACUAUUGGACUACCAUCGGUCAGUGAGCCACACGAGGAAGAGAGAAUAUCUGGCUUUCUCUGCUUGAUUGGGCUCUUCCGCUGCAUCGAUGACGAGUUCAUGGCUUUUUGGAACAAAGUCAAGACCCAUUGCUCCGACACCUGGCUUUCGCAGCUUCAACGAGAGGUUGCAAACUCAAUACCGCGCGCCUUGAAGACAACAGAAAGCCAACUGGCCGAUGUUUGGGUCACGUUACAUUGGCUACGCAUCAUGAUCUGGCAACUGGCCAUAACAAAUGGUUGUCUUUCAUCGACGUCGACAGAUUCUUCUAUGACGUUCAAAUACCCCAUAGAGGUCGCCAGGGACUUGGUCCAGGACAUCUCAACCUUGUCACGAGAUGCAAUGGAGGUCCAUGGAGUAGGGCUGAUUGAGAAAUUAUUCGACAUCGCCUGUACGCUGACGGACGUGAUCUCGUGUGUCCCACUCAUGCCUUUGGAAAUAUCGACCCCGUGCGACGACACGCCAUUGGAAUGUCUGAACAAGCUUGUCACCCUCAUUUCGCAGUUGCGAGGCGGAGCAUCGAGGUAUUUCCCAUUGUUGCUUGUUAAAGUCUCAGAGACACUGCCUAGCUUCCCGCCUGCUGCGCCAAUGGACUUGGAUCCGGUACAGAUGAGCAUCAAGCAAGGCUACGCUGGUGCGAGUGAUCACAUUCCCACACCGGAGGCCACGCAAUUGCGAGAGAUCAAAUUUCCACGUCCGAGCCAACACGGCUCUUCCUCCUAA